CUGAGGUUUGUGAAUUGUCCAGCUCGAAGGCGGCGAUAGAGUAUACCGGAAUACAGCUACUGUACAUUCACCAUCAUUGAAUGGGUCGAUUUACCGGCGGCGAAAUGCCUCCGGCUAAGGAAUUAGCUAAACAUCCGACUUCCUCCAAACGCAAAACUCCCCGUUAUAAUGGCGACCGCCGCGAGAAACGGAAGAAGCGGAGAGUAACAGCAGUGCAAACUGAGGCUCAUAGCGAAACCCUAAGUCUAGCAGACAAUUCAAAUCGCACUUCGACGUCUCAUAUGCAUGCGUACGCACAUGCCAAUUAUCACAGGGGCGGAGAGCAUAGGGGGAAACGAAAGAGGCAAAGGCCGCCGGCUAAUACUGUGGAUCGGCGCAAGUGGGUGUACUCACCUCGGGACGUUUCACAUUGUAAAGAUGGCUUUGUAUUUGUGUCGUAUAAUCUAUUGGCAGUGGAAAAUGCGAAAAAACAUCCUGAUUUGUACCCUAAUGUCUUGCCAGAGUUGAUGGAUUGGGAUUACCGGAAGCAAAUCUUAUGCAAGGAAAUCCGGGGAUAUAAUCCAGGCAUUAUGUGUUUCCAGGAGGUUGAUCGGUAUGAUGAUUUAGAUAAUCUCCUUCAGAAAGAUGGGUUCAGAGGAGUGUACCAGCCUCGUACAGGGGAUUCAUGUGAUGGGUGUGCAAUAUUUUGGAAGAACGAGCUAUUUACCCUUUUGCACAAAGAAAGCAUAGAGUUCGAAAGGUUUGGUCUACGCAAUAACGUUGCCCAGUUUUGUGUUUUCAAGAGAAAAAGGAAAGAGUGUAGUAACGAUUCAAAUGCUUUGACAUCAGAGGACAUGUCCUCUCAAAGUUUUCUGGUAGGGAACAUCCAUGUACUCUUCAAUCCAAAACGUGGAGACAUUAAGCUGGGUCAGAUUCGUUUACUUGUUGAGAAUGCCCAAAGACUUUCACAGGAAUGGGGUAAUAUACCAAUUGUACUUGCAGGAGACCUAAAUAGUAUGCCAAAGAGUGCAGUUUAUCAGUUUUUGACAUCAUCUAAGUUGGACAUCCGCAUGCAUGAACGAAUACAUAUCUCUGGGCAGAUUGAUCCAUCUGUGAAACCGACCUAUCGAUUUAAGAGUGUACCUGCAGCGAGGGCUAGAAAACCAUUAAUGCAUAGAUGGACUGAUGAGGAGCUUAGGCUUGCAACAGGAACAGUAUCUGUUCACCUGCUACAUCAAUUAAAGCUAUGCAGCGCCUAUGCCGGAGUUCCUGGAACCUCUAAGACGAGAGAUGACCUUGGAGAACCCUUGGCAACGUCAUUUCAUUCCAAGUUUCUGGGAACUGUUGAUUAUAUAUGGCAUACAGCUGAGCUUGUUCCUCUGAGGGUUCUUGAUCCCUUGCCUGUCAACAUUUUGAGAAGGACCAGAGGGCUUCCAAGUGAGGAAUGGGGAAGUGAUCAUCUAGCUCUAGUUUGCGAACUAGCAUUUGCAGGUGAAGGUGACGAGACGUGAAUUGCAUUUGUGGAAGCUGCUUGUUUGGCUAACCAUUCACGAACUGUAAUUGACAACGUGAUGCUUCAUUGCUCCACAUAAAUUAUUCCGGUUUUCCAAAUCUUAUUCGAAAAGAACUGUAGAGACAUGUCGCAAUUGGAUACCAAGAUGUGUGAUAUAUUAGGGCAUCCCCAUCAAUGGUUUUUUAGAUGGAAAUGCUUGUGGAGGAGAGAGGGAGAGGAGAGAAAAGAAUUGAGAGUGCUGCACGGAGAUCUGGUUUUGGUUUUUAACUCUGCAAUGGGUCUCACCAAAAUGAACUUAUUGUUGCAUCAGUCGUGUGAAGCAAACUGCCCAGCCGGGCGUGUGGAUAUUCCACGCGCUCACUGGGCGCGUAAUUUCCUUUUUUUUUUUCUUUUUUUUUCAUUUAUCCUUUUUCUCUCCCAUGUUUUCUUUUUUUAGUCACACCUGUAAAAAUUACUCAAAAUCUACAACUAUUAGAAAUGUUUUUAA